UUUGUUUUGUUUUUGACGUUUUUGGCACGGUGGGAGAAAGAAAAGGAAGAAAAGAGCGGUCAUCAAGAUCCUCUCUGAUGGCUCGCAGGCUGCUAGCAACAAUCUUUGUAACCCUGUGCACCGCAACCCUGCUGACGAUGCUUUAUGUCAGCCAGUCACGUGACCCUGUCAUUCUAGUUCAUCCAGGUCCAGUCGAUGUCCAGGUUAAACAACGCAGCACUAAUCCGUGUCUGACAUUGGGUACUCACUCUUGGAGUGAUAAUAUACCAUACGGGCGGCCAGGGCUGCUGAUAAACCCUUCAAACGGCUCUGACGUGUUGAGAGGGAGCACCACAGACAUCGUCAACAGGAUCUACAACAACAUGUGUCCUGGUAACCAGACCCUGUCUAACGUACAAUUCACUUUCCCAGACAUACUGCUGAUUGUCGACUUUAACUAUCCUUCACAAUACAAUAUCAUUACCUACCUUGAACUUCUGUACAGGAGAUAUUUUCCUAAUAUUCUCUAUUGUGGUCUGGAACCUGAAACUCUAAAGAAACAGAUUGUGGCUGAGAAACUGGGGUUCCCUAUCUACUAUUUGCAUGCUCUGAGGGACACCUGGCAAACAAAGUACGAGUGUAUUCAGCACGCCAUGAAAAUGUGUGACAACUACACCGGCUACCUGCUGAUCGGCGACGACACUCUCAUCAACAUGACGAACUUUCAAAGAACUCCGAAACAUAAAGCGAUGGUGGGUGAUCAGUUUGUCAAAACCGGACAACACGUGAACACCACACUUCACAAGUACUCGUGGCCAUUUUGGGGUCUGGAAGGCGGGAGAAGUGCCAUGCUGGGUGUGCUUAACGAGCUCGCCUUUAAAGCGAACCGUGACAAUGAUCAUCUUGCACAACAAUUCCUUAGAAAUUAUUAUUCCUUUGUCAACAACAGCACUAUCUUUCACAUUAUGCCGAUCGACUUCCUGUACGUCCCCAAACGGCUGUCGUCCAUUUUCCUCUACAUGACGUCAUUGUUUCGGAAAUACAAGGCCAUCGUAGAACUGGCGAUUCCGUUUUUUGUGUGUGGCCUGGAACACCCCGGGGACGUGUACUUUGUUAGAAUGUGCAGUGUAAGAGGCAAGGACAGAGAUAAUUCACAGAUACGUUUUGAUAAGGACCUCGUGUACCUGCACCCUUUUAAGUACUAUGCCAAUUUUAAGAGCAAAACUCAAGGGAAGGACUUUAUCUGUCAGAACUAUUUAUUAAACAAGUAACUAUCGGCAUGCGUGAGCAUUUUACAACAACGUCUGCACAGUAAUACUGAUAUCCCUACUACAUUUUGCAAGUAUGUUGUGCAUAUUUUCUGUCGUGUAGUGAAUCCUUUAUUAACCGAAUGAUAAAUUAGAAUAAAAAUUUAAAGUACGCA